AUGCGUUAUGAGAUGUUGAAGUACAUUCAUGGAGGUCAUCUCAGCUACGAAAAAUGUAUACGUCAUCCAAGAGACUACGUAUUCUGGCCAAAACUGACAAAGGAUUUACAGAAUUUCAUCCAAAAAUGUGCAUCUUGUCAAGUUCAUCAGCGUAGCAACAACAAACACCCCAUAGAAACUAAAGUGGUACCCAAAUUUCCAUUUGAAAUUGUUGCUACCGACCUUUUCCAUUUCUUGGGAGAAGAAUACAUUGUCCUCACUGACAGUUAUUCAGGAUUCAUCACAUUUAAAAAAUUGAAAGAAACAACAGCAAGUAAUGUUAUCAAGUUUUUAAAAAACAUUUUUGCUUACCAUGGAAUCCCGAAAGUUUUGGAAUCGGAUAAUGGUCCACAAUUUUCAUCUGUUGACUUCAAAAAUUUCGCAAAGCUAUGGCAAUUCGACCACCGUACCAGUUCACCACAUCAUCCAAGAGGAAAUGGCUUGGCAGAAAGAGCUGUACAAACCACUAAACAACUAUUGAAGAAGUGUCACUACGACAAUACCGAUUAUCACCUGGCUAUCCUUAAUUUCAUGAAUACACCUAGAGGAAAUAUCGGUACACCAGCCCAACGUCUAUACUGCAGAAAUCUCAGAUCGCAAAUACCAGCAACAACUCAGUCACUUAUACCAAGUCAACAAAAUAACAUCACAGAAGAACUGAACAAUAUGAGACAUAACCAAGCUAUAAACAACAGUCAUGGUUCCACACCACCUCAACAGCUAAAUAUUGGACAGAAUGUUCUUACUCGCAUCGAUAAGAAAGAAUGGGAACCUGCAGUAGUCAAAGAAAAAAUACAUUCCAGAUCUUAUAACCUAAAAUUCAACAAUGGCAAAGAGUUUCGCAGAAACAUCACCAAGAUCAAGCCAACAAAAGCCAAAGUUUAUCAAAAGCCGAAUCUUGACCUUGACGAAAACGAAGAAAUUCAAAACGUACCGAGCUCAGAAAACCCGAUUGACGAAAAAUGGAUAUCACCUAAUCCAACAACAACAAAUCAAGCUGAGAAUCAACAAGUGAAUUCACCACAGAAAUCUACUCGCUCUGGGAGAAUCAUCCGACGCCCACUCCGACUAGACUUGUAA